AUGUGGUUUAAUAUGUUCUUUUAUAUUCAAGAUCCUAUCCCUUUUCGCAUCGACGCCCGCUGCGAGCUUAGGGAAGAGAUGGUUCGUGCAAUGCGCCUCCAUUUUUAUCAUCCGGUUUCUGGUGCCUGCCUCUGGUCUUCAGAGCAAUCGGACAAUGAAGAGCUUCCCUGUUUCUUCGGCAUUGAGGCGGGGACCUUUGAAUUAGUCAGAUUCUCCUUACCUGCUGAGGUUCCGAAUAAAGUGAGCAUAAUUCCGGGCAUAUAA